AUGGACGAGGACCAGGUCCCCUCUCAGAUUACGCCGCACAACGCGGCCCCGGGCAAGAAGAGCGUCGGCGACCACCUGCGGAGCGUCAAGAAGACAUUCACCACCCGCCACGGCCUGCUCGGCGACUACGACUAUGCCUUCCUCUUCACGCCCAACCUGCCCUUCAUGAAGCGCCCGUCCCACUCGUCGCCCUUCUUCGGGCUCAACGACCGCAUGCCCGUCGUCCUCGCCCUGCUCCUCGGCUUCCAGCACUCCCUGGCCAUGCUCGCCGGUGUCAUCACUCCGCCCCUGCUGCUCGGCGGCGCCGCCGGUGUCAACCUCGACGUCGUCGGCCAGCAGUAUCUCGUCUCCACGGCGCUCAUUGUAUCCGGUAUUCUCACGGCUGUUCAGAUCACGCGGUUCCACAUCUACAAGACUCCAUACUAUAUCGGCACUGGCCUCAUCUCCGUUGUCGGCAUCUCGUUCACCAUCAUCCCCAUUGCCCAAGGCGCGUUCGCCCAGAUGUACGCGAAUGGGUUCUGCCCAACGUCUCCCACAGGUGUCAAGCUGCCGUGCCCGGACGCCUAUGGCGCUGUUCUGGGGACGUGCGCCGUGUGCGCCUUGGUCGAGAUUCUCAUCGCCUUCAUCCCGCCCAAGAUCAUGCUUAAGAUCUUCCCGCCGAUCGUCACAGGACCUACCGUCAUGCUUAUCGGCGUCUACUUGAUCAAGAGCGGCUUCAGGAACUGGGCUGGCGGUUCUGGCCCUUGCUCCGACGCCAGCCCAGCCGCGUUCUUCGCCAAGUGUCCCAACAUUGCCGCGCCGCACGCGCUGCCAUGGGGCUCGCCAGAGUACCUUGGUCUCGGCUUCUCCGUCUUCGUCACCAUCAUCCUCUGCGAGCGCUUCGGGUCGCCCAUCAUGAAGUCUACGAGUGUCAUCCUGGGCCUCCUGGUCGGCUGCAUCAUCGCCGCUGCCACGGGCUACUUUGACCGCUCCGGCAUCGAUGCCGCGCCCGCCGCGUCCUUCCUGUGGGUGCGCACGUUCAAGCUCACCGUGUACGGGCCUCUGGUGCUGCCCAUCAUCGCCCUGUUCAUCAUCGUCGCUUGCGAAGCUAUUGGUGACAUCACUGCCACUUGCGAUGUGUCUCGCCUCGAGGUCCAGGGCAAGCUCUACGAGUCUCGCAUCCAGGGUGGUGUCCUGGCCGACGGCCUCGCCGGUGUUUUCGCCGCGCUCAUGACCAUGACGCCCAUGUCAUGCUUCGCCCAGAACAACGGUGUCAUUGCGCUGACGCGGUGCGCGAACCGCACUGCGGGCUACUGCUGCUGCUUCUUCCUGAUCAUCAUGGGCAUCUUUGCCAAGUUCGCGGCCGCGCUCGUUGCGAUCCCCUCCGCCGUUCUUGGCGGCAUGACAAGCUUUCUGUUCUGCGCUGUGGCCGUGUCCGGCAUCUCCAUCAUCACCAAGGGCGUCCCUUUCACUCGCCGCAACCGCUUCAUCCUCACCGCGGCCCUGACGCUGGGCUACGGCGCCACGCUGGUGCCGACCUACUUUUCCAACGUCUUCACCAACGUCAACACGAACGGCAACGUCGGCCUACAGGGCCUGCUCGACGCCAUCGAGCUCAUCAUGGGCUCGGGCUUCGCGCUGACGGCGUUCAUCAGCAUGAUCCUGAACCUGACGCUGCCCGAGGAGGUCGAGGACACCGCGGCUGCCGAGGGUGUCGUGACCAACGGGGAGACUACGGGCAUUCUUGCUACUUCGCAGCAGCAGCACCACCAAGAGAAGGGGCUCGAGCAUGCGGCGGGCCCUGUCGGUCAAGAAGGCUCUGCCGUGGGCGGGAACGACAGCAUGGACGGUGAUGAGAAGUAUAAGCGCGUUUAG